AAUAAUUAGGCUGCGGGGGGGGCGGGGUGCCGCGUCAGCGCCGCGAGCCGGCCAAUCCCGAGCGCUUUCCGCGUCGCGUCACAGGCCGAGCAACCAAACAGAAAAGUUUACUAAACAGCGGACGAGGGGCUGGCGGCGGCGGCGGGGCCGGAGCGACCGGGGUUCGGCGGCCUCACGUCUCCUCCUUCACCGGCGGCAACCGGCGGCGGGCAUCGCGUCCGGCGGAGAGGGCCGCCGCCAGGUGUGCAACAGAGGAACAUGGCUCAAGAAACUAAUCACAGCCAAGUGCCUAUGCUGUGUUCCACUGGCUGCGGAUUUUAUGGAAACCCUCGCACAAAUGGCAUGUGUUCAGUAUGCUACAAAGAACAUCUUCAAAGACAGAACAGUAGUAAUGAUAGAAUAAGCCCACCUGCGACUUCUGUCAGUAGUCUGUCUGAGUCUUUACCAGUUCAGUGCACAGAAGGCUGUGCGCCCGAAGCUCAGUCAGCGUUAGACUCUACAUCCUCACCUGUGCAGCCAAGCCCUGUAUCAAAUCAGUCACUUUUAUCAGAAUCUGUAGCAUCUUCCCAAGUGGACAGUACAUCUGUGGACAAAGCAAUACCUGAAACAGAAGACCUGCAAGAUGGCGCCUCUGUUCUUGCCCCUGCUCUUUAUAUCCUCACCACACGGGUCCAAGUGAUCUGGGAAGAGCUGAAAAUGUGUGCGAAGGCUCUCUUAGUGGGCAGAGCUUCAGUAUCAGAUACGGCACAGCGGCCAUCUGAAGAGCAAAGCAAGUCUCUUGAAAAACCAAAACAAAAAAAGAACCGCUGUUUCAUGUGCAGGAAGAAAGUAGGACUCACUGGUAAGGGCCGAAAUCAAAUGGUUCAACGUUAAGAUUGCAUUUUCAGU